GGACAGAGACGCACACACCGGGCUGGUCAGUGAGGAGAGAGAGCGGCACAAAAUGCUUUUUAUUCAGUAACAAGCUCAUUGAGGAGCGGACAGACCCUCCAGAGUCUCUGCAGCCAGUCAGCACACUUUGGACUUUCCGGACUUGACAGUUGAAUUACAGUUUUCUGUCGCUGUCAGUCUGCACCGAGCUUUUCUCACAGGCUCGGGGUUUUCCUGGUGAUGACCUCACUGCUGUUCCCUGGCAACGCCCACGCUGCGAUGAAGGACCUCUCCUCCUCCUCCUCUCCACUCACCUCCCUGCUCCACUACCCUUCCUCCAAGACCUCCGUCGUGCCCUUCUCCCCGUCCUCCGGCCCCGCCUCCUCGCCAGGGUCCACGCUGUCGUCAGCACCGCUGUCCAAACCUCAGCCCUUCUGCCUGCAGACGGGGCCGCAUCUCAUUGCCAGCAUGCAGCUGCAGAAGCUCAACUCGCACUACCAGAACCUCACCGGUGCUUCCGCUGGACACCCAGCACCCGGUGGAGCUCAAAGGGGCUUUGGAGCUUCACCUCUGGGCGCAGGAAACCAGCUCCUGGGGCCAUCCGGGGGCCUUGGAGGAGGUGGGAUGGGGGUCGGGAUCAGCAUGGGGAACCAGGGCUCCGGUGCAGGUGGAAUUAUCGACUUUGACCCUGUGGAUGAGGAGGUUCUCAUGUCGCUGGUGGUGGAGCUGGGCUUGGACCGAGCCAAUGAGCUGCCCGAGCUCUGGCUGGGUCAGAACGAGUUUGAUUUCAUGUCAGACGUGCCGGCCGGAUGCUGACCUACAAGAAGAGAAAACACCCAGAUGCAGUGGAAUUUAUUGACAAAGAGAGAGGAGACUUUCUCUCCCCUGUUUUGUUUUUCUCUUUCCUCCCUUUGUUGGUUGAUAAAACAAGGAAACAGAAGAGACACCGAGUGAUAAAGAGAAAGAGAUUAGAGACAUGCUGUUGUUUCUAUUUUGCUGUGGGCAGACAGAGGGAUGAAAGAGAGCGUGAACUGUUUUUCGUUUCAUUCACUCAGUUUAUUUUUCUCUCUUGGAUGGAACCGGCAGUUGAAGCCCAGCCUGAUUGGGAUUAAGAAUUCUUUUCUUUUGCCUCAUACUGCUCUUAAUUCUUAUUUUUCCUUUUUUCUUUAAAGAAGAAAAACAGAAGCAUCGAGCAGAGUAUGAACAGAAACAAGAGACUUUAUUGCUCCUGUCCUCUUCCCUCCAUCACGCCCUCUUGCAGGCUUAAUCAAAACCAGGUGAUUUAAUAUGAGAAGGUUUGGCGGAGAUGUUUGAGUCAGUCUCUUGGAAACAAACAGCACAGAUGACAAAGACACACCUGUUGGACUCGCCCCCCAGUCUUCUUCUCUCAGUGCUGUCCUCUCUUGAUUAAGUUAGCGCUUAAAGAAAAUGAAAAUGGGAAACAUGACUUUAUGGGAGAUUCGCGAAGGAUGACAAACACUAUGUUUCCUGUUUUCUUAAUGGACAAUAUUAGACUCUGGUCUCACGGGAAAGAGACUCCUGUCUCUUGGCUUCACAAAGAAACUGAUUGUCUGAGAACUGGUUAUCUCAAUGUACUUCUCUUUCUUUCUUUCUUUCUUUUUUGUUUGAAUUUAGUUCAACCAGUCGUAUUCAUAGAACAUGUUAUUUAAGACAGUGGCUGAUAUCAAUCAGGUCCCUUGGACAAGGAGCGCUUCUGUAAUGCAUCUAUUAUCGGUUCUACUUUUCUGAACAAAAUGAAUUAGAUCAAGAGACGAGGAAUCUUUCGGGCCUGAAUGGAGUAAAUUGUUUCUUGCUCUGGAGCGUAACCUCAUUAAAAACGAUCGAGGCCUUAUGGUCAUGUGAGUCGCCGCAACGUGUUUUGUUUUCUGUCCUGCAGUGACCUAGGCGGUCAAGUUGGACUGGUGCCAGUGAUCCUGGGUAGCACUUCCUUGUAUGUUGAGGACACAAAGUUUUGUCAACAUGUGUGGACAUAAACUGAAGAUAAAUUCACAUGUGAUCUGGUUUUUGUUUUUCCUGCUCUGCCACUUUGAUGUUUAUGUCAAAACAGUUCUUCUUAUCACCGCACUUCCAUGUUACUGAUAAGGAGGCUUUGUCUGUUUUGUCAUUGCUGUUCCUGGAGGUUAGUGUUUGCACACCUUGCAGGGCAGCCUUUGACCUAAACACACACUGUGGUUUGGUGUCAGAGUGUCCAGGUGCUGGUGCAGACCAAUUCAGGCAUUUGGAAGGUGUGAAUGGGACCAAAACCUCUGUUCAUUCUUUAAUGUCUCUUGACGACUGAGACCUUACAUAGAACAUCUUGAAGAGCUUACGGUGCACCCUCUGGCGGCCAUAUUGGAGGUCCUCACAGUUAUUUGUCAGAAAGAAAGAAAGAAAUAGGCUUUUUUUAUUUGUUUGUCCACUUUCCACUUGUUAAAAAUCACUAUUUGCAAGACUGGCUACCUGUAGGAACUAGCAUUAGCAUACAUAUAGAUAGCAUGCUGCUGAAAUAUCAAGAGACAAAAGGGAAAGUCAUGUUUUCACAUGAACAACAAUAUUGGUUUGACAAAAACAAUUCCCAUUUUUCCAGAGCUGUCACCUGCAUCAAACAAAUUAACAUUUGAGCAAACAUGGAUGAGAAGUCCUAAAAGGUUUGGAUUAUAUCAUAACAGCUGCUGAGCUCGCAUGUCGAAUCCAUCUCUGUCACAACUGAGCCAACUCCCAUCUGCCACCGAAGACCAUGUGAUGUGGUUGAGGCUGCGGAAAAAGCAAUUAAGUCGACUGUGGGUCGGGAAUGUUUUGUCUAACGUGAAAUGUUGUUUUACGUGUGGUAUGUGGAACCGCUGUUGUCAUCACAUUUCACAGCUUAGAUUUCACAUGAAAAUCACAUGUGCCUGUUGUAUGAGUUUGUCACACAUGACACUUCCAAACAAGUGCCUAUAUGAGAAUUCUUGUGAAACAGGGCUUUAGUGAACAGAGGUCAGAGGGCAUCGUCCAAACUGCCCAAACGUAACUGAUCCCACCUAAAAUAUUUAUUUGAUUAAAUAAAAAUCCUUAAAAAAGGAGAAUAAGCUUAUAAAAUUGUUAAUAUUAUUAAUUAAUGUAAGUGUUCACUUAUAUUUUCUAGCAAUUCGACCACCUCUGUCAUUUAUAUACAUAACCGUGAUACAGAUUUAUAUAAACAUUACAUUGACAUGACCUCAGUGUCUUUAAUAGCAGCCACACGGCUCUGAUGUGUGAUCCAUGUGUGAUGAAUUCAUGAAUCCUUCACUGAACUGGACCUCGAUGAUGCUGCCAGAUGUGGUUGCCAGUUUGGUUCACACCUUAUCUCAGACUUUGUGGGUUUUUUUAGUUUAUAGAGUCACCUCUCCACCUACCAGGUGUUGUUCCUUGCUGCUGCAGACAUUAGCGGCUGAGAAAAAAAAAAUCCCAUGAGGGGGUUAAACUGAUACCUAACACUCCACCCCCUCCUGCCCACCUAUAGGUCCUGCUGUAGAUGGAUGCAGUCCGGAUUGGGAAGGGGGGCGGGGGGUCUGACCUAUAUCUGUUGUGGUAAGAAGAGCCCCGGUAAGGCAGGGUGGGGGUUCGAACUGUGCGGCAGGAACAAAGGCCUUUCACCUCAGCCCACAGUGUGUCUGUCAUCUGGGGCAUUGUGAGUCUCUUAGUGGACCACACAGACGAAAUAACACACCUGUACGUACAUGAGAGUGCAACAAAACACCUGCAUGUACAUUUAGAUCCAUACAAACCAACUAUACGCAGACGUACAAAGGCAUGGAAAUAAACCCACCACACACACACACAUACACACACACAAGAGCAAUGGGGAUGGUGUUACAGCUGGGAAAUGGGAGUAGCAGCCAUGAAACAAGCACUUGUUCAGUUGCACACAGACUUUAGAGAUGGUUGUUAAUGUGUGUGGGACAAGAGAUAGAGAAAAUUAGGCUGUGUGCAAAACCAAAAAUGCAAAAAUGUGUGUGUUAAAGCAGGGAAACUAUGAGCAGCAGGUAAUUCAUGCACGUGAGGAAGGAGGAUAAACACACGCUGGGCCUUGUUAAUUUAUUUAGAUAUAGACAGGUCAGCUUACACACAAAAACACAAUCAGUUCCUCAGGAGUGCACACACAGUCCUCAAGUCCUCUCCGACAGUUUUCCUGCACAUACACUGCCCAGGACCAGUUUUUGAUGUCGAUGAGGGUCUCGGUUACAGUCAGUGAGCACAAAACUUUCUUUAAUGAAACACGAGAAGCAGAGAUUAAUGAAAACCCGCUGAAGGAGUAAUUUGACAGAUCCCUCUUUUAAAGGGGGAUUUGCUGGGUAUUUCCUUUAUAACAAUCACUUUACAAACACAGUGGGUCGUGAAAGAAAAGAAAUAAAGACGGCCUCUCAUCGCUUCCCAAACCCAACAGACAGACACACUGAUUCCUCUCUUCCUCUGUCUUGUCGCCUAAGUGGGUCAAAAUAACAUUCUUCACAUCGAAGACGGUCUUGUGUUUGUUUCCAUCUGCUCAACAUUGUUUGAAAGUCCUUUUUGUGCGUGUGUGUGUGCAUAUAUGUUGUUUUGCAGUCUGGCCUUAAUCCCAGCUGAGUGAAUGUUAUUUUUCUCAGUAUGAACCAGACGGACGUCCACCCUCCCCUCCUCCAUCUCCCCCUUCCUCUCCCCUGAGAAGUUGCCCGUUUAAGAUGUUUGAAUCAUCUGGAGGGCUUUCAUUUCCUCUUUUUCCUUGACCCCUGAUAUUGCAGAUUAACCCCAGCACAGACCUUUUUGAACUAAAAUAUACCUCCAGUUAUUUGUUAUCUAAUGACAGAAACUUAGAUCUAAACUAAAAUAUUCCUCACUUUGGUUUCAGCUUGCUUGGAAAACCACAUGGGUGGAUUUUAGCACUUAAUUACUGCAAAAAAGUUCUGAUGAUGGCCUUAACCUAACACUAUUUUAAAACACCACACUGCAUGUUUUAUAACCUGAGUUUAAAACAUCUUCAGUGCAUCCUCAGGCUUCAGUUUGCUCUCAUACUCCAUUAUAUUCAGAUUUUUAUGCUUAAUUAAAGUAAUUUUUUCAUCAAGUAUUGAAACAGUUGCUGUUCUGGGACUGUUCAACUGGUUGAUAGAACAUUAGCCACAAGAUUUAUAGUGUAUUGUGACAAAACAGAAGAUAAUUUCCCCAUGAAAAUGAGAUGCUAACUUCAGCAGUAAACAAGCUACACCCAGUAGCAUUAGCGGGUUAGCUUGAAGUUGCUGCGCCUGUUUUCACAAAUGGUUUCACAAUCUGAGAGAUGAUUUCAAACAGCAUUAAGGCUGUAAGUGGGGUGACUAACACUUUCACAAGGAAUAAGUGUAUUUAAAAAACCUGUAUCAGUCAGAAUCAGAAGCUAACUUCAGGAUUGUCUGUUUCAUUGUGUAAAUCGGCUACAACCUGUAGCAUUAGCUGGUUAGCUUAGCUUAGCACAAAGAUGGGAAAUAAGUGAAAACGACUCCUGUUUUCACAAUAACAGUUUUUCACAUUAAUACUUUUUGGGUGUUGAGAUGGGUUUUCCCUGCUGAGAUCAUGUAAACCCUUCAUGGUGCCUAACUAAUGAAGUAAAUUUACAGUUUCCACAUGACAGCAGUGAUUUGUUACACACUUGGCCGUCUCCUCUGGGCCUCAGGGUCAUGAAAAAUGUUCCGACACAUCAAGGACUGUGAAAACCUUCGACACAAGUGGUGAUAUAUCUGUUAAAAGGUCCUUGUUACAAGGUUUCCUCUCCAGAGUAAUGAAAAUGUUCAGCCACUGCUCUGCUGCCAGGUCUACUUGUGAAACUGAAGUGAACUCUUCGCUGAUUUAUUCCUUAAUUUUCAUCAUAUUUACCUUUAAACCAGUAGAUUAAGGUCUUAUUUUGUGUUUUAUUUUGCUUGCCUGAUUUUGGUUCUGCCUGCAGUUUCUGUCCUUGUUUCUUUUUUUUUUUUCCUAAUGAUGAAAUGAAUAUUAUUCAAAGAUGAUUUUUAAAGCACUUUUGCUCACCGGCUCUCACUUGUACAUCUAUAUCAAUAUGUAAAUGACUGAGAUCAUAUUGAAAAAAAAUGCUUGUAUUUUUGUUACGGCUCAUGAAGUUUGGGGGGAAAAUAAAGAAAGUGAAAUCUAA